AUGGCCCUGCCUCUUCCAGGCUCCCCUUCGUCGUCCUGGGCUAUCUUCAUUGAGCGGCUCAAGCAAAGCUUCAGCGGCGCUGACCCUCGAGUCUGUGUCGCUUUCUGGCUCUUUGGGUUGAUCAACAAUGUCCUCUACGUGAUAAUCCUCUCGGCUGCGCUUGACCUUGUCGGUCCCGAUAUCCCCAAAGGAGUUGUCCUGCUCGCCGAUGUGAUCCCGUCGUUCGGGGUCAAGCUGUGCGCCCCGUACUUCAUCCAUGUCGUUCCCUACUCGAUUCGAAUCCUGGUCUUCGUGGUGCUGUCCGUGGUUGGCAUGCUGUUGAUCGCCCUCACACCCGCUUACACAGAUGGCGGAACAAUCACUACCAAGUUGGCCGGUGUGGUUCUAGCGUCGCUGAGCAGUGGUGGAGGAGAAUUGAGCUUUCUGGGCCUGGUUCAUUACUACGGUCCUUUCAGUCUCGCAGCAUGGGGGAGUGGCACUGGGGGUGCUGGGUUGAUAGGAGCCGGAGCAUACGCACUCGCGACCACAACACUGGGCCUCAGCGUCGGCACAACAUUACUGGCUUCUGCCUGCCUCCCGGCCAUUAUGCUGGUCAGCUUCUUCCUUGUCCUUCCCAUGGAGCCUUUGCGAUCACAUUCCCACAGACAUCACGGCGACAAUGCACUCCUUCGGGAUGACGACAGCGUCGAUCAAGAGCAAAGAGAAGGACUACUUUCGUCUCCAGACGCGGUCAAGCCGCCCUUUCCCAUGAACUCCAGGAUGUCCACUUGGUCGUUGUUCAGAUACAACUUGACCCGAGCCAAAGGGCUGUUCUUCCCCUACAUGCUACCGUUGCUCAUGGUAUACGUGGCCGAAUAUACCAUUAACCAAGGCGUCGCCCCGACCCUUCUGUUUCCGCUAGAGAGGAGCCCUUUCAAACACUUCCGGGCCUUCUACCCGACCUACAAUGCGAUAUACCAAUUAGGGGUCUUCCUUUCCCGGUCCUCGACGCCGUUUCUCCGCGUUCACAAUUUAUAUCUGCCGUCGUUUUUGCAAGUGGUCAAUCUGGUGGUCUUGACGCUACAAGCACUCUUCGGCUUUAUUCCCAAUGUGUAUAUUGUCUUUGCAAUCAUCUUCUGGGAAGGUUUACUGGGCGGCCUCGUCUAUGUCAACACAUUUGCCGAGAUCAGUGAAACGGUACCUAAGGAGGACCGGGAAUUUUCCCUGUCGGCGACCACAGUGAGCGACUCGGGCGGAAUUUGCAUUGCCGGGUUUAUCGGCAUGGCGUUUGAAGUGUGGUUAUGUAACUGGCAGGUCCAACAUGGGAAAGACUAUUGUAAGAAGCUGUGA